AUGAAAAAUCUUCUGGUCUUCUUUCAUCUUGUCGUUGGAGUCUCCUGCGAGGUUUUUCCAUUCCCGUUCGUGGCGAAUGGAUGUAUUUCAAAGAACGACUGCCCAAAUAAUGAAGAAUGCGAUCACGGAAAAUGUAUCGGUCUGCAUCAUGAUUCUUUAUUUCGUUUCGUCGGACCAAAAGCCUGCAGCACCGGGGCUGAUUGUGGAUCCCAGUCCGUUUGUUUCGAUGGAAAGUGUAUCUUAGACAAUGGAUAUGGUGGGAAGAAGUGUUCAGUUGGAGAUCCCUGUCCAAAUGGAUAUAACUGUGUCAAUGCUCGUUGUGUCCUAAGUAACCGUCGUUUCAUACUUUCCGGUGAAGUUGAACCACUUAGAGAAUCAUGCAAAUCUGGGGACUAUUGUGAUUUCGAACAAGUUUGUGAGGAUGGAAAAUGCGUCGAAAUCUCAGAAAUUCUCGUUAAACAUCGAUUCGGUCACGGUCAUGCAUCAGGACAACCAACGUCUCCCAUUUCUUUUGCUGGACCAAAGCUCUGUAGUACCGGGGCUGAUUGUGGAUCUCAAUCGGUUUGUGUGGAUGGAAAGUGUGUCGUAGACAAUGGAUACGGUGGAAAGUGUUCAGUUGGAGCUCACUGUCCAAAUGGAUAUAAUUGUGUCAAUGCUCGCUGUGUUCCAAGUAGCCGUCGUUUCGCGGGGACCUGCCAAGUCUAUUGCCCAAUCGGAACAUAUUGCCAGCUCUCAUUCAUUGAGGGUACACGCGCCACGAUGGGUUGCGCCCGUCAGCUUCGCGAGGCUAUCGAAUCUGUGUCCAAGAAAACGAUAUCUUUCCGUGAUAAACUCAUUUAUUUCACUCUUCUUUGCGUCAUUUUCAACGUCCUCAUCAUCUUCGACUUUCCCUCUAAUCUAGACCUGAAUGCUAAAAUAAACGCAGUGAUUGAAGCGAUUAUUCUUGUAUCAAUUUCUUGUAUUAUCAAACCGAAAUGGAUCAAAAAUCUGAAACUACUCGUGUACUCAAAGAUCAUUAUCGCUUGCGUUUUCACCCUUCUGGAUAUUGAAAUCUUGUUUAGUGGCGAGUUAAAUGGUGCAGAAUUCUUCAUUCUUGUCGGAUUCCUUGAUCGUUUCUGCUUCACUAUCUUCUCACUCAUCCAACUUAUACUGAUCCAACGCUGCCAAGAAGAAUUGGAAAACGAGUUGACUGUUCUCUACAUUUCUACGAUUUCCGCCAAUCUUGCCUAA